AUGAUGCGGCCGGACAUGGCGGAUUUCACGAGCAGCCUUCAGAGUGUUUCUUCCUCCACGCUGACUACCCCACAAAACGCCAAAGUCGGCUUGCCGCGUCGUAUGGACUUGUCUCCGCAGUCACUGCAUGAGGAGGUGGAGUCCCUCCGCAGCAGCAUGGGCUUCACAGCCGACUCUGGUGGGCCGUCGCCGCCUCUGCCUAGCCAGCAGCUACCCACAGACCAACCGCGGCAGCACAAGAGCGAUAAGAGUCACCAUACCAGCCGUGAGAACAGUCCCCGCUCCCCCAACGGGUCCUGUAGCGGGGGUGCACUACUUUCUCAGUCAAGCUUACCGUUGCUGCCGCUGUUGGCCAGUGUGAUGGGUUCGCACACAGAGUUUUUAACUCAAUUCGCCGUCCCUUCCUCCCAAACGAUAAAUGGGAAGGAGCAUGACCAAGGCAUGAGUUUCUCUUCCGCCGACGCCGCUCCAUCUCCGGCACUAAACACUCUCUCGUCGCGUUUGUUGCCUGCCCUAGAAAGUGUAAGCCCUAGUGGGGUGAUAGCUGAGCCACUAGUCGCAUCCUCGGCGGGCAAGGACUUGUCAAGCCCCGCCCUGCGCGGCGGCUUUCUGCCUGAAAGCAUUUCUCGCGUGGAGUCAUCGGUGUCGUCCCUGUCACACAGCGCAGUCCGGCUGCACCGCGGCAGAGCGCGCGGUAGUCGUUCGGGCGACUGCAACGAGGGCCCCAGUGGCAUGGACGGCAACAGGAACGAUGAUUCGACGUCGCUGCUUCCGCUGCCACUCAUUGCACAGUCGCUGACGAGCGCCUCCUCAAGUUUGCGGGGCCGCCAGCUUACCCCAGCUCUGCAGGAGCUGGGGACUUCGAAUGCCCCAACUGUUUUACCGAUGCUGUCCUGCUCCUCCUCACAGACCUCGAUGCACCACGGAGACGAGGAUCCCUGCCUUGCGCUCGCCCUGACGAUUGUGGCCGAUGCGUCGACAGCUGUUGGACAGCCAUCGCGGUCACCGCAUCCGGUGUUCCUCCCCACGAGCAUGCAUAAGUGUGGUGACGCCAUUCCCAUCGAGCCAUCCAGCUCCUUCAGCUUGCCGCAGUCCUCGCGCCGUGCACCUGUCGUGGACAGGGGUUGCGAUGACGAUUCGGAGACGGGGGCGGACCUUCCAACCCACCUCAAGUCUAACGACCGCGGCGGCGGCACCGGCAUCUUUCCUAGACCCCCGGUGUUGCUCACGGUGGAGGCGGCGCUGUUGACGCUGACAGACGAUCUGAUCGAGCCAUGGCCCUUGCAAAAUUCAACCACAAUGGAGGCGGCGAUGUGCGGAAGCAACCCUGCCUCUCCGAGUGCAAAACGCGCGGUUAUCACACCCAUCGCGGACGCCGGCUCCAGCCGCUUUGACACGUCCUUUCCCGAGAGCGUCGAGUACGCGCCUGAGAUAACGUGGCUGCCGACUGGUGAGCGUUUCAGCGACCCCAAACACGGAAGUGCACAAAGCCUCGACCACGACAACUGCUCUACCGCCGCCCGCGGAGCGACAUGCCAGCGGCGACCCAGCGACUCCAUCGAGAACGACGACGCCGUGCACCCUAAGCGAGCAAAGUGCCGCCGGAAGAAGGGGCGGAAGGAGGGCAAGGCCAAGCGGCAAAAGAACGGCGAGACAGCGGCGGAGGGUGAGAACGGGGUGGUCGGUGAGGCGCUGAAGACGGUUGCGGUCGGGCACAAGUCGGACAGCGGUCUUGCCCGCAAGCGUGAGCGCAAGCGACAGCUGAAGCACGAGAAGAUGAAGGCGAUGUCGUCGGAGGAGCGGCGGCAGUACAAGGCGGAGCAUCAGCGCCGGCGUGCUGCGAAGAAGGCAAUGCGUUCCUUUGCAGCUGCGGACUCGUCACACAUUGAGCGCAGCGAUCACGCUGACAUGAGCGGCAGCAGGCAGUGCCACAGCAGCGCCCCCUCUUUCUCUUCGCUUCCUAAAGUCCUGCCCACGGUGAGUAUUGUUGAGCAGCAUCUCCCACUAUCUUCCUCACCGGAGCUGCCUCAGCCUUCGAUAUUUGUUACCGCUGCGGCUGCAGUUCCUGAUGCCACAUCGACAAACCCGCACGCACGGCAGUCAUCACCGGAGUCGCAAGUCGAGCAGAGUCUCCCAAGCCUGUCCGGCAGGACCUCUUUGGAGGAUCUUGGCGCGACACUUUCACCGCAUGUCCUCGCUAGCACGUGCAGCGCGUCAACCAAAACGCCGGGUGACCGAGGCAGCGCCUUGCUGAAUACGCUUCAAGUGCGGCGGUGCACGAGCGCCUCUGGUGACGGCGUUCCCGUCAUGCUUGGCAUGGCGCUCCCAGCGAAGGGGGUAUCAGGUACUCCGGCGCCGUUUCGUCGCCGCUUUUUCAGUGACAACACCGACAUGACGCAGGAGCAUGGCUGCAAGAACAGCUUUCUCUACCUAACCAGCAGCACUCCCGCUAAGGUGCUCGGGCAAGAGGGGCAGCUACAGGUCCGCGACGCAGGCGCCGAGGGCUGCGGCCUGGAGUGCGAUGCUGCACUCGAGACGGAUGACGACGACGCGAAUAGCUACGCUCACAAUGAGAAGGGUGGCCCACUGUGUAAGCAACUGAUGAACGGCAGCAGCGGUGCCAUCGAUGUGGGUCCUGAGCGCGCUUCGAUGCCCAGCAGGAGUGCGCUGAGUCCAGCCCCACACCCUCCUGCAGCCGCGGCGGGAUCCGGCACGGCUGCCAUUCUGGAGCUGAAGCAAGGACACGAAGUGCGGCCACGGCAUCUGUUGCACUCGCCAGCGGCUGGUACCUCACUCCCUGCCGUGCUUGCUUCCGUGGUCAACGUCAAUGGUAAUGUUGCUUCGGUCGCUGUAAGCGAGUUCAUGUCGGUGACUGCGUCUGCUUCCGGACAGGGCACUCAUCAUCGUCAGGUGCCGAGCGUGGCUCUGCGAUCCGACACGGAGGCAAGCCAAUCCAUGGGGCCAUAUCAGAACCAAUCACAUGGGGGAGAUUCGCUGACAGACGCCGCAAAGAAUGAGACAGUUGCCGUGUCCGUGUCCUCCAUGUUGUGCAGCUCCUUGUCCAAUCGAUCUCGCACCAAGGAUGAGGAGAAGGCAGCGGCCGAGCCGGCAGCAAGGGGUGAUGUUGGUAAUGAGAGUUGUAUCGCCGGGAGAAGAACUCUAGCAUCGGUGGUAGCAGCAUCAGUAGAACUGGCGGCGGCGCGGAAGGCCAGGCGGAGCCCGUUCUCGUCGUGCUCCUCCUUUCGGAGUCGCAGCAGCGAUGACGAGAGCGCCGAAAGCAGCACUGAGUGCAGCUACAGCAGCAGCGGUAGCCUGGUGCCGGAGGUGCUGCCGCUGGUGGAGGGCUGCAACGGGCCGCCCCCUGCGGCUGCCUUUUCCGAUCUCAAGUAUCGUUACUUGUGUGUGCCGCAACUCCACAGCUGCGCCGAGCCGGCCAUCAUCCACGAGUGGAACCUCACUGAGGGCUGUUGGGGCAGAGUGGAGACGAGUGUGGUGCUCAGCACGCAGCCCUUCUCGCAGGGAUACAUGCGUGCUUCCUACUACAUGAUCGACAUGCGUCGACUCAACUGCCUCUUGGUGGCGAAGCGGUACUUGAAGUCGAACGUGAAGGACGACCAGUACUUUGACGAUGUCUCAAUGCACAGCAUUGCGGGCCACUGGGCACGCGUCUUCAACACAAUGAACCCACCGAAGAGGGUCCGCUUCGUUCCUGCGGCUGUCCUGAUGCUGCCAAAGCGCAACCCGCCGCUGAUACUGGCUAUGGAGCCGCAGCUGACCGGCAAGUUUGUGAAGUACAAUAACAACUUCGGCUACGUGCGGCGAAGAGCGCGAUGGACGCCUCAGGCCUUCUCUCACUUCACGUACCACGCCAGCGAGCAUGAGCUUAUGGUGGUGGACAUCCAAGGUGUUGACGACUACUACACCGACCCACAGAUUCUCUCCCCAGACGGUGAGGGGUAUGGCCGCGGAAAUCUCGGCAAAGAGGGCAUCCACCGUUUCCUUGAGAGUCAUAAGUGCAACGGGGUGUGUCGUGCUGUCGGCCUGCCACCGCUACAUCGGAACUCCAAGGGUGUCAUCACACCUCUGGCGUCGUCGGGAAGUGGCCGUAGCAGCGCCGGGCCAGGCACGCCGGCGGGAAAGGAUUGGCCAAGUACAGCGGCGACUUCUUCGUCUGGGUUGAAGGAGGAGCGACUCCCCCCGAAGGCCUUCAUGCUCGCACGCCGCGCCUCCUCGGGGAACACGCCAGGCCACGGGCACAACGGUGUGUCGCUCAGUUCGCGGCAGCUGAACGAGGUCACCGUGAGGUUGUCGCCAGCGCCGCCACCGCGGCAGACACUGCACUCAGGCAGCGGGUUGUCGUCUCUGUCACCAGUGGUAGCGAUGCCGUCUCCACUGACCCCUGGCGCCUUGCCACCCCGUGUGGGGCCGGUGCACAACUAUGGUGUCAAGUACGUGCGGUGCCCGCGGCAGGCGCUUAUCCUGCCGCAGAGCCAGUACUUCGUCUCCACUGCUGCAGGUGGGCUGAUGUCGGUGCCGCAGCAAGGCAGCGGUGCGCCAAACGGGUACAGCAACGGCGGCUCGUUGUCGGCGCUUCAAGGCUAUUCGACAAUAGGUGAGCAGAGCAGCGGCAAUGUGGGCGGAUCGCCAGCCAACGGAAGCGCUGGCACGCCUAAAGGCAUGGCUUGUAUUGGCGGCCAUGGCGGUGCGAGUCCCUCUCCACAAGGCUCGGUGAUGAUGGCGGUGCCACUGCUGCGUCCGCCGGCGGGCGGGCGGCUCGGAUACGCCGGAUGCCAGCCUAACACCAACCCGGAAGGACUCUACCUCUUGGCGGCGCAGAAGAGCGGCGAGAACGUCGGCACGUCGCACCAGACGCCGCACCAGACGCCGCACCUGCGGCCCAACGCCACCACCAGUAUGAGCGGCGACGUGCCCAGUUUCUACCCGCACCCACCUGUGAUCAGCGCUGUCGGUACCCCUACCAGAAAGUGCAUCUCGCACCAGAACUCUUCCAUGGCAGUGGCGUCGACGAUCCAAUCCACCGAAGAUAUGCUCAUGACAAAUAGGGCCGGGUCACAGCGCCACUCCUUCAGUCGCCGGCCAGUCUUCUCGGCUGUCGAGGAGAUGGUGACGAGUAAGUCCAAGUCUCGCUACCAGCAUCAUUCACACUAUUAG